AUGAAGAUUGAUGAACUUCAAGCAUCUCUCACAGCUUAUGAGAUGAGAGUUGGUCAUCCUACUUUGCAUAGAAGAGAAACAGAACUCAAAGCCAAGGAGAAUGUUAAAGAAGAUGAGUCUAAGUCAGAAGAUGAUCUUGAAGAGGAUGAAGUGGCGUACCUUGCUAAGAAAUUAAGAAAAUUCAAGUUUAAAAGGAAAUCUCAGUUGCAAAAUCUAACAUGCUAUGGGUGUGGCAAGCCUGGUCAUAUUGUAUCUAAGUGUCCUAACUCUAAAGGGCAAACUCAGAGAAAGUUUGAAGGACUUAACAACAAAGGAAGGUUUGGAAGAAAAGCCUUAUUUUCAGACUGGGAAACAGCCAUUGAAGAAGAAGAGAAACCUAAAGAAGCUCAAGAAGAUGAAUGUUUAUUCAUGGCCAUUCUAGAACCAUCAAAAGAUUCUGUUGAAACUGAAGAAGAUACUGACACAGAGAUUAAGGAAAUUCUGGAAGAAUCUGCUAAGAUUAAUCAAAAACACUCAACAUUUGUGAAGGCCACCACUGGAGAAGUAUAUGCAAGAUAUCCCAUUGUAAAACCUUUGAGAUCAAGGUUUAAUAUUUUUGAUAACAUCCAAUAUCCUUUGAGUUUCAAUCAGAGAGACUUUGUUACAUCAGUUGCAAGGAACUUCAAGAUCACUAAGAUGUAUAUGAAGAAGUCAGACCUAACUCAAGGAGUGAAAGUUAAAAAUAAAGGGUCAGUGGUGAAAUCUAAGAUGAUGUGGAUCCCCAAGAAGCUGAACUCUAUAAGUCUUCUUAUGUAUACAGCUUUUAAAGCCUGUAAUACUCAGGAUAAAUGGUAUGUUGACAGUGGCUGUUCGAGACACAUGAUAGGUGAUGGUUCCAAAUUUAACUCCUUACAGCAGUUUGAUGGUGGAAAUGUUAUAUUUGGAAACAAUCAAAGAGCUAAGAUUGUUGGAAUUGGCACUAUGAGUAACUCUAAAGAAUUACUAGAGAUUCAAGAAGUUCUAUUGGUUGAAGGGCUUAAACAUAAUCUCCUAAGUGUAAGUCAAUUGUGUGAUAGUGGGAAAGAAGUCUGUUUUAACAAAGAAAGAUGCAAUGUGAUUGAUCUGGAAUAA